AUGGAUCCUCCCAUCUUCACCACGCUUGGGUUGUUCGUCAUUGACGACAACCUCUACCCCGGAACUGAUAGACCGUCGGAGCACGACAUCAUUGGCGGUGGAGCCUCGUACGCGCUUGUGGGCGGCCGGAUCAUCAGUGGCCCUCAGUAUGGCCACCGCAUCACAGGCAUUAUCGACAGGGGCUCCGACUUCCCACCAGCCGUCGACAAAGAGUUGGCCUCUUGGGACACUGGCAUGGUGUUCCGCACCGAUCCCACGCGAUUGACCACUCGAGGUGCCAACAUCUACAUCGACGACAUCCGCCAUUUUGAGUUCAGAACCAGUAAGAUCCGCAUCGAGGCCCGCGACGUGGUGGCAAACCCCUGGCUCUUGGGCUCGCGGGUGUUCCACAUGUGCUGCACCGUCGAGAGGGCCGAGCAGAUCAUCGACACCAUCAACCUGGAGGUGGCAACACCGCCAGUGUACGUGUUUGAGCCGUUUCCAGCCGACUGUGUGCCGGAGCGAAUGGAGCUCUUGGCCCGAGUGUUGCAAAAAAUCGAUGUGUUUACGCCCAACUUGGACGAGGCCUGUGCUUUGCUUGGAGUCGACAAACCCGCAACAGACUACCUGGUUGUCACCAGCCAGUUUCAGCAACACAUGAAGAUCCCUAACUCCGGCACCCUCGUCCGCUGUGGUGCCGACGGAUGCUACAUCCACACGGUGGAUGGUCUCAAAGCACACCUUCCUGCCUACCACCAAGACCAGACCAAAGUGGUAGAUGUCACCGGUGGGGGCAACACGUUCUGCGGGGCGUUUGGAGUGGCAUUCGAGUUGUCCCACGGUGACUGGCUCACUGCGGCCAUUUGCGGCAACGUCGCCAGUGGCUGCGUCAUAGAGAGGUUGGGGGUGCCUAGGCGCGAACCCGGCACCGAGGUGUGGAACGGGGUGUCAGUAGCAGACAGAAUCCGGGUCUACACUCAGGCGUACCAGGCGGAAACCCCCGAAUCAGAGUGGACGCGUCUGGCCAUCGGGUGGCUCACCACGUGA